CUGGAGUAGUAGCCAGUCCUUGAGGUGGUGUCACAAGGUAUCAGAAAGUGUCGGGUACUUCUUGUGUCUGUCACCGUUUCAGACUGAUGUCUUUCUAAUAGGGUACCUGUCUUUAAUCUUCAUCAUGGGUCCAGCUUACUUUUAGUUAUUUCUUCAUAAAUCCACCUAAUGUGUUGUUAAUCUCAUUAUUCUUCUUCUAAAUAGAAUACUAUAUCUGAUAAAUUCCUGCAGUUUUGUAGCUUAGUACCUAUAUUAGGCAAGCUACUGCAACCAUUGUUUUUCUGUUUUCUUCUUAAUUACAGUCAUUAAAGCCUUUUACUUGUUUCAAUAUCCAAAUUUUCUGUACAGCAUUUCUUUUUAUCGUUUUCGAGGGCUUGAUCUCCGGGUCGAAUCAUUACAGCUUGUCAUUUCGUUCAUAUAUCCUCUUUACUGAGGCUUUUUAUCUCUGAUAGAACUUCAGAACAAGUUUAAGCAAUUUGCAUGUACUUCAAAAUUUGUGUUGGCCUUCUUCAAUUCUUUCUUCUUCUUACCCAGUUAACAUCUCAUGUUUCGCUGGUAUUACCUACUCCAUUUCAACAAGAGGUUCUCUAGGUUUUCAUGGAUAUAAGCUCAAAGGCUUUUUACUCAAACAAAUCAUCAGCUUCUGUUGCUUUAAAUAUUGGUUGAAUUGAAAAACAGAUCUGAGAGCUUAUAUUGAGUUUCAUGGAAAGUGAGCAGUUUUGCUUCAUGAUUGGGAAAUCUGUUCUACGGAGUGCAUCGGAAAAGAUUCCUUAAAAUCCCCGAAGAAGAGGGAGACACAAUCAAGGGACCCACUGAUCUACAAAGCGCCUUUUUUGAAAAGAAUUGAAAAAAAACAAGGGCCUGCAGUUACCAGUUAAACAAGCAUUGGUAAUUUGGUACAGACUUUGUUGAAACAUGUCUUCACAGUAGCAGCUUCUGCUUAUUCUUUGAUGGAAAGCUACGAAGAGGAAAGUACAGGAGAAGUCAUAAAGGUGGCAGAGUUCCAGACUGCCAUGAAGCCCAUGUUUGGCGCUCCCAGUGCAAGUGCCAGGGAGCAAAUGCAAUUAAGGCAGGACAUGGGAAUAAGAUCACAACACAGAGCAGUGGGACCAACUCCAAAGGUUCUUCAUCACUGUAAAUUCUUGGUUUAUCCCCCGCCUCUGGCUACACAUGCAGAGCUUGUGCACAAAAGGGAGUUGUUUUUCAACACCCUCACCAAAUUCCAUGUGACCCUCGGGGCCAAGCUGACCAUUCCAAAGAUUGGUGGUAAGGAUCUAGAUCUUCAUGUAUUAUAUAGGGAAGUAACUGCUCGUGGAGGACUCCAAAUGGUCAUUAAUGAAAGAAAAUGGAAGGAGAUCACAGUUGUGCUUAACGUUCCUCGCACUACCACAAGUGCUUCAUUUGUUCUUCGCAAGUACUACAUUAAUUUGCUCCACCAUUAUGAGCAGGUUCACUUCUUUCAAGCCCAAGGGCCCUUGGUUCCUCCUCCAGAGGCUAGUUACAAAAAUGCAGCAUUAGAGGAUCCAGAAGUAAAGAUCAAAAAGCAGAAGAUUGACUCUGCUCAAGCUCUUAGAGCAGCAGUUGAUCAAGCAUCAUCAAUAGGAAGUGUUGUGAGUGGGUUUAUAGACGGUCAAUGUGAGCAUGGUUAUCUUGUCACUGUAAUGGUUGGAACAAGAAAAAUGAGGGGUGUGGUCUACCAUGUACCUUCUCCUGGCUCUAGAUCACAAGGUGCUAGGGUAUCUACAUAUACAAAUAUUUUGCAGUCAGGCUUCAGAUCUACAAUGGCGCACAGAAUAAGCAGUAAUAGAAAGAAAAAAAAAGUUCCCAGGAAGGAUCCAGGUGCCCCAAGGCAAAACAGAACAGGUUAUAAUUUUUUCUUUGGUGAGCAGCGAGCCAAACUCAAAUCAAUUCAACCAGAUAAGGAUAGAGCUGUCAGCAAGACGAUUGGUGACUUGUGGAAUAAGCUUUCAGAGGAUGAAAAAUUGCCUUAUCAGGAGCGAGGUUUAGAGGAUAAAGAGCGUUAUAAAAGAGAGAUGCGCGAAUACAAGGAAAGAAUGAGACUCCAGAAUCGGGAUUCACAUGUUAAUUUACAUAUGGUACACAAAUAUGACCAUUCAAACAGUGAUUCUAGAAAUCAAGUUCAAUUAAAAUUAGAAGAAUCUAAGCAACUUGAAGAACGAACCCAGGAGCAGGGAUCACAGAGUUGUUCUGGCAUACCCAAUUUGGAGAAACCUUCUUCUACUUCUGUCAUAGAGCUUGUUGAGAAGCAGCAAUCUACAGGGGGUGAAAUGACCAAUGUAUGACCUCAUUAUUGAAGAAAAGCUAAUUGGUUAGAUCCUUUAUCAUUAUACUAAAUAUAGUCCAUCAUAUGAUCUUUAAUGCGAAUUGACAAGUGAAUUCUACCUCUUAAGAAAGUUCAAUUGGGAGUGCAAUUUAGACAGAUCUGCUAACAAAAAAUAGGACAACACUAGCCUCUAGGACAUACACUGUCAUUACCAUUCUUAUGUGGUUCCUCAAGACCAAGCAAUUUGGACACCACACCAGAAUCAUAUCGAAUUCAUGUUAUUCUCUUCAAAUUACUUUGUCUCACAUUUGUUCUUUGUAUUGUUCGGAGAAGUCCUACAAGGAGGGAUAUUUGAAUCCAUAAAUAGUUUGGUAGAAUUAUGGUAGUGGAAUUUAGAAACAGUUAAUUAGUUUCUGCCAGUAUUUUGAAUGGAGAUCAUAUACUUUAUAUUUGGUA